UCAAGUUAAAGAAGUGUUAGUAAUUAAUUUAUUAAACAUGAAGAUUAUGUACUGCAUUGCUCUGGUCGCCGCAUUGGCUUUGUUCAGAGAAUCGUCAGGAUUUGAACUAAACCAUGCCGAGACCAUCCGUGUACGCAGAGAAGUAAAAACUACUGAAGUACCAACCACUGUUGAGGCUAUCAGUGAACGCAGAGACGCCGAAACUACUGAAGUUCCAACCACUGUUGAGGCUAUCCAUGAACGCAGAGACGCCGAAACUACUGAAGUACCAACCACUGUUGAGGCUAUCCAUGAACGCAGAGACGCCGAAACUACUGAAGUACCAACCACUGUUGAGGCUAUCAGUGAACGCAGAGACGCCGAAACUACUGAAGUUCCAACCACUGCUGAAGCUAUUCGAGAACGCAGAGACGCCGAAACUACUGAAGUACCAACCACUGUUGAGGCUAUCCAUGAACGCAGAGACGCCGAAACUACUGAAGUACCAACCACUGUUGAGGCUAUCCAUGAACGCAGAGACGCUGAAACUACUGAAGUACCAACUACUGUGGAGGCUAUCUGUGAAUGCAGAGACGCCGAAACUACUGAAGUACCAACUACCACUGAGGCCAUCCGAGAACACAGAGAUGCUGAAACUACUGCAGUACCAACUACGAUUGAGGCUUAA